AAUUUCUGUCUUAUUAUUAAAGGCAACGGCACAAUUGAUUUUCCUGAAUUCUUGACAAUGAUGGCCCGUAAAAUGAAGGAUACCGAUAGUGAAGAAGAAAUCCGAGAAGCCUUCAGAGUAUUCGAUAAAGAUGGUAACGGCUUCAUUUCAGCGGCUGAAUUACGUCACGUCAUGACAAAUUUGGGUGAAAAGUUAACAGACGAAGAAGUCGAUGAAAUGAUUCGAGAAGCUGAUAUCGAUGGUGAUGGUCAAGUCAAUUACGAAGAAUUCGUGACUAUGAUGACAUCAAAGUGAGCAGCUAAAUUAUUUCUUUUUAAGCUUUUCUAUGUUUUUAAGAUGUUGACGAAGACUGUAGCUGGGCGCAUUAACAACGCGCAAAUGCUGCUGCUAUGGA